CUAUAUCUGGUCUCCCACAGACCCUGCAUUCACUAUAUCUGGUCUCCCACAGUACACAGAACAUGGAAAUGCAAUUAUUUUAGUAAAUAUAAACUGCUAAAUAACUUUUCUCAUCAGCGGUCAGAGCAGUCUUGUGACUUCUAUGUCCAGCUGUCAAGCGUGUUUCCAGCUGAGCACCGGUUAAAGCUUAUAAGACUUGACUUCUGUCUGGACAGAUGUGAACAACGAAGAUUGCUGGACAGUGCUUCUUUGCCCAGGAGAUGAUCAGACUUACUUCCUUCAAGGCUGCCUAGCAUCUCU